UGCAAAAUUUAUCAAUGCAGUUUCAUAAAUAUAAGGUAAAUAACGCUCUAUAAAACAUUUCGUGUCAGAUCUUUCCAAAGAGUUAUCACUAAACUAUUUCAAGCCCUGGCUAUUCAUUGAGGAGUUCCUUCUGUUUAAACAUUCUGACAGAUUUUAGAUACCUCAUACUUCAAGGAAUACACCUCGGAGGCUUCUUGACAAGCAAGUUGGUCAUAGCCAACUUGUGGGACUAACUCAGGAUUUAGGCUCCUAUGAGCCAAGCGAGAACGAAGAUGUGUACGAGUCGGACAACAGAAUACCUCAUCAGGUCCUAUAUAGCUCAAGAGCUGACAUCAAUUUGUACUACCGAGAGCUGAAUAAAAAGUUCCAAGAUCAGGGCCCAAAAACUUAAGAAAACUAAUCUCACAAACGAUAAAGAAUUUUCAUGCUCAGAGAUAAAGAAGAGCAUAAAUUUUGGGAGGACUCACUUUAAGAAAAUCAACCAGGGAAGCUUAAUCAAAGACAGAGGAACAGCUAGGCAGCUUAAUUUUGUUAAAAAGAAAGCUGAAUUAAGCGGUAAAGGUCAUACAGAGUGAUUUGAAGCCAGUCAGUUUAAUGGCCAGAACAUGAAUUUCCCUUCAAGUUCAUUGAUCACUCGUAGAAGAAGAGUAAAAAUAAAAACUCAGAAUAAGUCAACAGAGGUGGGAAAGGAAGAGGUGCUCUUUAAACCCAUUAAUGACCCUAUAAAAUUUGCUCUUCCUGUGAAAGUUCUUCCUUUUAAAGAGACAAAACAACCAAUGAGGGAAGAGAAGAAAAUUAAGAUGCUUAAUAAGAAGACUGAUAUGGUCUUUUUCAAGACACUUUCAAUACUGAAGUCUCAAAAGAGGUCAACUCGUCACGUAAUUAAAAUCCAGAUAGAUCAGACGGAGAUGCAGAGAAAUAUGAAGCAAAACUUGAGAGAAAGCUUCAUGCCUAAGAACAGGAAGGCUGCUCUAUUACUCAGGCGAAAACCAGUGAAUCCAUAUGCUAUUUCAUAGCUUAAUUCAUGCUGCCAUUUCUAU